CGAGGGCCUCCGCACAGACACAGCCCUUGGACUGCUUCUAUCACUCGACCUGAGUUAAGCUCACCCACUGUCCUUUCUUCUAAUCCUAUACGUCUCUUCCACGAUAACGAAUACUUAUAUGACUUUUAUGUUGUCCAACGUCCGCGACAAUCACGAGGAUGCUGAACAUUCUUGCUCGAGUGGGACGAAAAGGAAAUCCCUAUCUCUGUUACCGUCGUCGCCUACAAAGUUGAAGCGUGUCGACCGCUCACAUUCUCGAGGAUCGUCUUUGUCAUUGCUAACAGCGUCAUCGUUGACGACGUCCGCGAUAUCAAGACUAUCGUCUUUGAGAUAUUCAAAGCGUUCAGGUCAACCGCCAUCGCCGAACUCAAGGAAGUCGCCUCCAAUCUGUACGAUAUCAUUGGAGAGUGUGACUGUCAACAUCUGUGAUGAAGAUAGAAAUCUCUCCAAGUCUUAUACAGUGCCUUCCCCUUUAAAGGUUGUGGACGUUAAUGUCAUCCCUUUUCCCAAGGCUUCGUCAGAUGAGUCGGAGCCUCAACCAUCUUCCAAUCUGCCAACAGGUCGCCGACGACGUUCCAACCAUCUCCUUCUUGGUCAUCGACGUUCAAGUUCCGUACACUCGAUAUCAUCCCAGCAUAAGAAGGAGAACUUGGAUUCCUUUGCGUUCCCAUCUCCUCGAGCGUCGCCAGCCCCAAAGAGAACGAAAUCAUCUGCACGCACGCCCGCUAGUAACAACAGCUUCUCGGCUCCUAAAGCCAGCUCAUAUUCUUUCAAGGAUAUACGUUUCAUUGCAUUGAUCAGAAGAAGUAUCAUGCAUGGUAUUACGUGGAGAGAAGAAAUGAAAGCCUGUGGGAGGAUGGACAUCGACGGAGGAUUUAGUAGUGGCAGUGUCACCUUCGACAUUCUCAGCGAUAGCGAAAGUGACGAAGAGGGUGAUGAGACUGCUGAUCCAAGACGCAUACAAUCGCAUGAUUACAUUAUGCAUAACCAGGAUGUCCUGCUUGUUGAUCGGCUAGGCAAACAUCUUUCUGACUGGGGUUAUCGCGAACGAGAGCCGUUUGUGCCACUUUCUCCACCUCCAUCCCCUCUCCGUAUGCCUCUCGCAUCUGUCGCCCUUUCUACUGCCACUGUUACUAUCGAUUCUGUGCCUCUCCUUCAGCCUUCAUUGAUGGCGCCUCUUGCGACUGGGAUCAUUCACCUCCCUGACCUCGAAGGACAUGCCACGCGUGUGUCAUUCCUUGACAAAGCUCAUUAUCAGGAAGAGAAUGCAAUGGACAUGGACGUUGACCGACCCGAACGACCUACUUCUCCUGUGGCGCGGUUCCUCGAGCCCGCUGCGAAUAUCCUGCCGAUAACGGAAGGGCCUGGUGAACAUCCAUCGCCGCCUCUUUUCGAACCCUCCUCAUCGUCGUUGAACGACACAAUCGGGCCCGCGCACUCGCAGCAACACCCGGUCAUUGUGGUCCCAAAACCUAUUCCAUCUCCUCCACCCGUAUCUCCCUUUGCUCUAGGCUCUCCAUCUUCCCACCAACGCGUCCUCAACCCAUCUCAACUCGUCGCGACACUUGUGUUACGCCACAGAGAAAAGACGGCUGUAAGAUCCCGUGGAUGUUCCCAAGUCGGGAACGACACGUUUGGUAAAGCCAUGAUGAGACCCUCGCCGCUAGCGUGCGAGCUGUAGCCUUGGUCGAGAAUGGGAGGCGCUUGCGCUUCUCUUGUGGUGUGAAGGAAAAAUAGGACUGGCUCAAUCAUGUCGACUGGU